AUGCCUCCAAAGAAAGUCGUCGAAGAGAAGAAGGCGUUACUGGGUAGGCCUGGUAACAACUUGAAGAGUGGAAUUGUCGGUCUUGCAAAUGUCGGCAAGUCAACACUCUUUCAAGCUAUUACCAAGUGCUCCCUUGGUAACCCCGCAAGCCCCGAGUCGAUCAUACGUAUCAACGUUAACAACGUCAAGAACUUUCCUUUCGCAACCAUCGAUCCUGAAGAAUCUCGAGUUAUUGUUCCUGAUGACAGAUACGACUGGCUUUGCGAAAAGUACAACCCUAAGUCCAGAGUGCCAGCACAUCUUACAAUCUACGAUAUCGCCGGUUUGACUCGCGGUGCAUCUAAGGGUGAAGGUCUUGGAAAUGCAUUUUUGUCGCAUAUCCGUGCUGUCGAUGCCAUCUUUCAAGUUGUCCGUUGUUUUGAUGAUGCGGAGAUUAUUCACAUUGAGGGAGAUGUUGAUCCUGUCCGCGAUCUGACUAUCAUCAGUGAUGAGCUCCGUAUCAAGGAUAUCGAGUUUGUUGAGAAGGCACUCGAAGCUCAGAAGAAAUUGACCAGAAGGGGUGGUCAAUCACUCGAGAUGAAGAAGCUUAGAGAGGAGGAAGCCACUAUCGAAAAGGUUUUGGCUAUGCUCAACGAUGGAAAAGAUGUCCGAAAGGGUAACUGGUCACCGAAAGAGAUCGAGUGCAUCAACCCUCUCUUCCUCUUGACAGCCAAGCCAGUCGUUUACCUUAUUAACUUGAGCGAGAAGGACUAUAUCAGAAAGAAGAACAAGCAUUUGGCAAAGGUUAUGGAAUGGAUCAAGGAGCACGCAGCUGGUGAUCCAAUCAUGCCAAUCUCCAUCUGCCUUGAGGAGAGAUUGACUCAAUUCGCGACUGAAGAAGAAGCCAAGGAGGAACUCAAGACCCUGGGUGUUGAAUCUGCUUUACCUAAAAUUAUCACCGCCAUGAGAAAGGUUUUGGACCUCGGAAGUUUCUUCACUACAGGUACAGAUGAAGUCCGUCAAUGGACUAUCAGAAAUGGAACCAAAGCACCACAAGCUGCAGGUGUCAUUCACGGUGACUUCGAAAAGACCUUCAUUCAAGCUAUCGUAUAUAACUUCAACGUGCUCAAGGAAUUCAAUGGAGAUGAAGCUGAGAUUAAGGCCAAGGGAAAGGUUAUGACCAAGGGCAAAGAUUACGUUGUCGAAGACGGAGAUAUCUUAUUGAUCAAGGCCGGUGCCGCAAAGGGCUAG